UUCACGUGUGUGGGGUGAAUGGCUGUGGUUUACGUAAUGUUUGUUUUGUUACUACAGACACGUCCAAAAGAGGAACUAUUCCAGUGAAAAAUUAGCCAAAUUGUAAAAAGUGCACUUUUGAUAAAAUCAUGCUUCCUGCGGCUGCUGUUUUUCACUUCCCCUGGGAAAUCAGUUCAGAACUGGUCACAGAUGGAGCAUCUAUACGGACUUUCGGCAGGUAGAUUUAUCAGACUUUCAAAGUAUCUGCCAGAGGAAUCCAAAGCCAUUAUCACAUCCCAUCAUGCAUCAGUGGAGUACCAGGUGGCAGUAAAGACUACAUUUGUUGAGCCUUUUGCUCCAAUAAUUGGGGCUCAAUACACCGUACUGGGAGAGAUAGAAAAGUCAGAAGGGGACGGUGAAGUCGUCGUGCAUGCACGGGUCUUUAAUUGCGUGGACGGCGUCGAUGUUGCUUUGCUACAGAAGGCCGUAAAUGAACAGAGGAAAUUUUUUCGGGAAAGAGAUGGCGAGGCUGGCACACACUAACAUCAAUAACUUACCAAUCGUAUGACAUGGAGUGGGAAAUAUCAGUCUGGGAAAUAUACAGUGGGAAAUUUCAGUCUGUGUUUUAGGGUAUUAUAGAAGGGCAUGAGAAACUGCUUUUGGACAAUUCGAUUUUAAAUAAUUGGGACAAUUCUUUCCAAAUAAUUUUCUCAAAACCUUACUUAAAUCUAUUAUACAAAUUUGCAUUGUAACUAGAAAUCUUGAAAGUAGGUUUUGGUGUAACCCUAGAUUAAGGUAAAUUAAAACAAAAUUCACUUCAUCAAGGUCAAAUUGUAUUAUGGCUGGCAUGGUUUAAAAUUGCUCUCAGAUUUUAAUUUGUGUGCUAGUGAUAGAAUAAUUUAAACCAAAGUCUUGCCAUUUAUGUACAUUUGAUGUAAAAGUCAUAUUUUUCCGGUUUGUGUGCUCCAAAUACAUAGUGGUAACUGGUAGCUCAAUGGUUGUUUGAUCGGAAGAUAUGAGGGUUGUGGUUCAAAUCCCACCAUCACCACACUUCCUGCUGGGCCCUCGGCCUCAGCAAUUGCUUAGCAAUAAAUGGAAGAAUUCUGGAUAAGUGUAUCUGCCAUAUGCCAUACAUAUAAAUAAAUAAAACUAUAUUAUUUUCAAACAAAA